AUCGACAACUGGGAUUCUCAGUAUAUGCCUUUAACGACACCGGCUUCGAACCACCGUACACAGGGAGAGGACUACGAGUAUAUGCUCACGACGCCACAUGUCUUCCAAUGAUUUACAACGUAACUCUCAAUACAGUGACGAAGGGGAUCGCUUUAUAUAACUCCAGAAUAAAUGAACUGCUAACAAAUUGUUUCGGAUAUGAACCGUCAUUUGCUACCCUUGAAACCUGUGAAAUAUUGAUCAUGGGUUGUGAAGAGAGACAUUAUGGAGAAAAUUGUACAUCUUGCGAUUCAAAAUGCUUAGACAGGCAGUGUGAUGCAUUUGAUGGGUCCUGUAUCUAUGGAUGUCAUAACAGUUUGAUGAUCGCUCCUGGAUGUAAUGUUUGUAAAGGACUGUUGUAUGGAGAAAACUGUACUGAACCUUGUGGACAUUGUUUCAAUGGAAGCCAAUGUGACAUGACAGGUGUCUGUCUUAAAGGAUGUGAACAUCAAUGGGGUGGACCCCUGUGUGACGUUUGCAGUGGCGGAUUUUACGGACCAAACUGUACACUACAAUGUGGACAGUGUAAAAAUGGUUCAUACUGCAACGUGACAACUGGGAUAUGUGAAGAAGGAUGCCAGGAUAAUUGGAGGGGCGACAAAUGUGACGAAUGCGCAGUUGGCUUCCAUGGACCAAAAUGUACCGGACAGUGUGGAUUUUGUAAGAUUGGUACGACGUGCAACAAUGAAACAUUUGUCUGUCCUGAUGGAUGUCAGGAGCACUGGGUUUGGCCAUUGUGUGAGGAUUGUGAAGCAGGUUAUUAUGGAUCAAACUGUCUACAACAAUGUGGAAAGUGUAUGAAGGUGGAAGACUGCAACAGCGGGUCUGGAAUAUGCGUGUCUGAUUGUCAGCAUGGAUGGGGUGGAAACAAAUGUGAUGUGUGUGCACAUGGAUUUUAUGGAACUAACUGUGAUAAAAGCUGUGGACACUGUGCAUUGAAUGUUUACUGUAACAAAGGAACGGGAGUUUGUUCUAAUGGUUGUGAGGAUCAUUGGGACGGACAACGGUGUGAUGUUUGUAAAGAGGGGUUUUAUGGCUCAACCUGUACACACCAAUGUGGAAACUGUAAAUUAAAAACAACCUGCAACAAAGUAACAGGUGUUUGUCAAGAUGGCUGCCAGGAAAAAUGGGACGGAUCCAAAUGUGAAGAAUGUGUAGAAGGACGGUAUGGCAAGGCCUGUGAAUUUGCAUGUGGAAAGUGUAAAAUCGGAGAUUCCUGUAACAGACAAAAUGGUUCUUGUCCAUCUGGAUGUCAGACUCACUUUAGUGGACCCCGUUGUGAUGCUUGUGAGAUGGGAUAUUAUGGAAGGAACUGUACAAAAACAUGUGGAGCUUGUACAGGGAAAGUAUGCAGCAGACUUAGCGGGGAAUGCUUUAAAGGAUGCAAGGAUACAUUUUCAGGAGCGAAAUGUGAUAAACAAGUGGUAUCAUUUGAGUACAUGAAAGGAGAAAUGGAUUCCGGUUCAAUUGGUGGGAUCAUCGCGGCUGUUCUAAUUGUCGUCAUUGGUGUGGUGAUAGUUUUAGUCUACAUUUAUUUCAGACGAAGACAUUCAGAACCCAAUGAUCCCAGCAGAACAUACGAAGAAAAUAUCGAACCAGAUACUACACCACAAGAACCAGAUACUACACCACACGAACCAGAUACUACACAAGACGGAGCAGAAACUACACCGCACGAACCAGAUACUACACCAGACGAAGCAGAAACACCUGCACCGGAACAAAUAGAGACAAAGAAUGAAUAACCAAACAGUCAAAUAAAAGAAAGAAGACCAGAAGUAUUACUAGAUGGAGACUACUGGAAGUGUUAGUAAAUGGUCUCAUUCUGUUUACUCUGAAGACUGUUUUUAGUAAUCACAUCUUGAAAAAAAAAACAUUUUUGAUAUGAACUAGGGCAAAUUUUUCCUUAUCUUAAAACAAUCGAUUUACUUUCGCAUCCUUUGAGCACAUUUUCAAACAGGAGUUAUAUGUAAUUAUGCUAUAGCUGUGACUGGCCAAUGUAUAAAUUUAUUUUAAUAAAAAACAAAAUAAAUG